AUGGUUACAAUUCUUAAUUCAAGAUUAAUUCAACUAUCAAAAUUAGUAUCCAAUCUUGAUACAACAACUAAAUUAGAGGCAUAAGACUUUUAACCAGUUUAUCCAUCAUUUAUGACUAAACCUUCCUAAGUUAGCUCUGAUUUUACUACUUGCACUGUAUAAGGUACUCUUGAUAUGGUUGGUGCAUUAUUUGUCAUCUCUGUCUAAGCUGCAUAGGAUACUGCAUCACCCUUAGCAUAAUAAGUAUGGUGGGGAUAUAAUAGUUAAAAUCUAGCUAUGCCAGCCAAUUGGACAUAAGUAACAAUACCAAAUUAAAUCUAUCAAAUUGUAAUAUAAGACCUAACUGAAGACACUGAUUACAAUAUGUAUAUUAUUUAUUUUAUUAAAUAGUUAUAUGAUUGCAGGUUCAGCACAUCCAGGAUAUCCAGAUCUAUCAACAGAUGAGAAGGCUGUAAAUUUGGUUUCAUGUAGAACUAAAGCUUAAUAACCAGAUACUAUUUUGGAUAUUAAUUGGGCUAAAUUAUUGAUCAUGAACAUAUUAGUAAUAAUUAUAUUUUGA